AUCCCGAGUACGCGCGAGUGGGUCGGAGGCGCGCAGCUCGAGCGCUGCUCUCAGUGCUCAGACAUGGCGGCGGACCUUAACCCGGAGUGGCUGUCUUGCCUGCCUUCCUCAUGGAGUUACGGCGUGACCCGCGACGGACGCGUCUUCUUUAUCAAUGAAGAAGCGAAGAGCACAACCUGGCUGCAUCCAGUCACGGGAGAAGCCGUCAUUACAGGGCACAGAAAAACUCCAGAUUUACCCACCGGAUGGGAAGAAGGAUAUACGUUCGAAGGAGCCCGCUGCUUUAUCAAUCACAAUGAGCGAAAGGUGACCUGCAAGCAUCCCGUCACAGCCGUUCCUUCGCAAGACAACUGCAUCUUUGUCGUCAACGAACAACCAGCGACCAAAGCACCAGCGGCCGAGAAGAAAGAACGUCCAACCAGCACCAUGAGCGAAGCGUCGAACUACACGGGCGGCUCAGACUAUGCCACACAUCCCAGCAGCCCCACAACCAGACUCUCCAGGUCCUCAAAGAAAGUCCACAACUUUGGCAAGAGGUCCAACUCCAUCAAGAGGAACCCCAAUGCCCUGGUGGUGAAAAACGGCUGGCUUUACAAACAGGACAGUACUGGAAUGAAGAUGUGGAAGAAGAGAUGGUUUGUUCUGUCUGACAUGUGCCUCUUCUACUAUAGAGAUGAGAAGGAAGAGGGAAUCUUGGGAAGUAUCCUCCUGCCCAGCUUCCGCAUCUCCAUGCUGUCUGUGGACGACCACAUAAGCAGGAAAUACGCCUUCAAGGCAACGCAUCCAAACAUGCGGACGUACUAUUUCAGCACUGACACAGCCAAAGAUAUGGAGUCCUGGAUGAAGGUUAUGACAGAUGCAGCAUUGGUCCACUCUGAGCCAAUCAGAAGGCUUGAGAAGGUGAAGGUUGACUCACGCAGCCCUCAGGAGAUGAACAACAUGCUGAAUCACCGAGUCCUGACCCGACCUGAGAUCCAAAACAACGAGAGAAACCGUGAGACGCUCCGCCAGGAGGAGAAGAAGCAGAAAGCCGUGGACAAGCAAAAAGAGAAAGACGGCAGGGUAAGCGUGCAGAAAGAUGGAGAGCGAUACACUCUGCACUCAGACGCUCAGAGACUCGCUCUGCAGAAGGACGGAGACAGAUACAUGCUGCAGAAGGACGUGGAGAAAUACGUCCUGCAGAAAGACGGAGACAAAUACGCCGUCCACAAAGAUGGAGAGAAGUACCUGCUGCAGAAGGAUGGCCAGAAAUACACGCUACACAAAGACGGAGACAAGUUCACGCUUCAGAGGGAAGGCGAAAAAUACGCUCCCCCGAAAGACAGCGAGAAGAUCCUGCAAAAAGAGAAAAGGUACCCUCAUGGAGACAAACACAUGCAGCAGAAAGACCCGGAGAAACCCGUCCCGCCGCCGCGGGAGGGCGAGAAAUACGGCUUCCAUAACGAGGGCGCUGUGGAGCGGCCGCUCACCAAGAUCAACAGCAUCAAACUCCAGCCGGCUCAAGCGGCAGCCAUCGCUGCGGCUGUCUCGUCCUCCAGACAGCUCCAGUGCGCAGCGGGAUCCGGGCAGUACAAGCCGGCCCAGGUCAACGGUUCUGGGGAACGAGGAGGAGACAGAAGCCCUGGAGACAUGAGCAAUACGAUGCCCCAGUGGACGACGGUGCCGCCACAGCCGGCAGAACCAGAGCGAACCCUGAGCAGAACCAACUCCAUGCAGCAGCUGGAGCAGUGGGUCCGUACGCACCGCACACGGGCCCCGGACGACGACACCAGGAGCAUUACGUCCUACCAAACGUUGCCGCGGAACAUGCCGAGCCACCGUGCGCAGAUCGUCCCACGCUAUCCCGAGGGCUACCGGACGCUCCCACGUAACAUGCUGCGGCCGGACAGCAUCUGCAGCGUGGCGGGAUCGAUGUACGACCGGGCGCUGCAGCCCACGACUGCAGAGAAGCGGCGCUCCAUACGGGACGACACCAUGUGGCAGCUGUACGAGUGCCAUUCUCCAUCAUUUGCUCAGUUUGGCCAGGAGGCCAGCUCUUGGAAGAGACUUGGUUGUUGCAAACAUCUUCCAUUAAGGGCUGUGGGUUUAAUGCUCUCUUCACCAGAGUGGUCCGUUCCAAUGCUCAUGAGAUCACUGUGCUUUCCUCUCUCUCUCUCUCUCUCUCUUUCUCUCUGUCAGUACUCCUUUCCUGCCGAGCGCAGGCCUGUUCCUCCCGCACAGAGCAUCACUGCACAGUCUCUGCAAAGCAAAACGCCAGAGGAACUGACCCUGCUGCUCAUCAAACUCCGGCGGCAGCAGGCCGAGCUCAACAGCCUCCGUGAGCACACGCUCGCACAGCUGAUGCAGCUAAACCUCGAUGCCGCCAACCCAAAGAGUGAAAUCCUUUCCCAUCACCUACAGAGGAAUCUCGUGUACUUGGACAGCCAGAUGAAGGAGAAUGAGCCAAUAAUCUUCAUGAUUCACACUGUGAUUGAGAACUCGGCGCCAAGGCCGCAGCUGUACCAGCAACAGAUGAGUCCUGAAGAGUACAGAGAAAACACCUACUCGUACAGACCCGAGGAGCUGGACAUCGAUGCGAAGUUAAGUCGACUAUGUGAGCAGGAUAAAGUAGUGAGAAAUCAAGCAGAAAAACUGCAGCAGCUCCACAGAGAAAAGCACACGCUGGAGACGGCCUUGCUGUCGGCCAGUCAGGAGAUCGAGAUGAGCGCUGAAAACCCUGCGGCGGUGCAGAGCGUCAUCCAGCAGCGGGACGUCCUGCAGAGCGGCCUGCUCAGCACCUGCAGAGAGCUGUCGCGCGUCAACACUGAGCUGGAGCGGAGCUGGAGGGAGUACGAUCGGCUGGAGGCGGACGUCACAAUGGCCAAAACGAACCUACUGGAGCAGCUCGAGGCCCUCGGGAGCCCACAGACGGAGCCGCCCAGCCAAAAACACGUCCAGAUCCAGAAGGAGUUGUGGAGGAUUCAGGAUGUGAUAGAGGCGCUGAACAAGAACAAACCCAAGAGAAACGCAGAACCCAGUUUUCCUGGCGCAAACCCCCUGUCAAACCUGCAUAAAAGUGAAGAGUCAGACUCAGUGCCUCCGCGUCCUCCUCUCCCGUACUCUUAUGAGGGGGGAGACCGGCCUCCUCACGCACCUCGCACCACCCCUCACCGGCCCGAGGACCGCAAGGCCGCCCAGCGCAACGGCGCCCACAGCGUAAGACGCAGCUGUGACCCCCUCGCCCACCCCAUCCCAUCCGCCAUCUUCAUUCCUGAUUUCUUUGGCGUCACCAAAGGUGUAGUUUACCCCGUCGGAGUGGUCAGUCCCAGGACUAAAUCACCUAUGCCUGAAUCCUCCACCAUCGCCUCUUAUGUCACCCUGAGGAAGAGCAAGAAACCUGAUCCCAGAACAUCCCAGCCGCAGGACCGUCCGCGCAGUGCGGUGGAGCACAUGAGCAGCGCUGUAGAGGUGGGCCGAACACGCAUGAGCGUGGAGGAGCAGAUGGAGCGAAUCAGGAGGCAUCAGCAGGGGGCGCUGCGUGAACGAAGACGAGAGGACGGAUCGCUGUCCCGCAGCCUCUCCUUCACCAAAGACAACCCCUACUACACCCUACAGAUGCGUAAGAAGAGCCCGGUGAUCUCUCCAGAUGAGCAGGACGACCGCAGACACACGUCGCCUGAGGAGCAACCACAGCUGACGACCAAACCGACCGAUGCAGAAGAAAACUGCAAGAAUACUGAAGAUGUGGAAUCUGGAAAUGCCAACUUGGAGAACAAGGAGAAAGCGGCCGUGUCCCGAUCGGCCUCCAUUAAAGAGUCUCUUCUGAAGGCCGCGGGUCCUAAACCGGUGCUGAACGAGGACCAAUCAGAGCCCAAACACACGAGUCCGCUGGAGUACCGCAGGACUCUGGCCACUCAGAACAGCUUACAGAUGGCCGUCAUGGUGCGCGUGGGCACUGAGGAAGACGAGGAGGAAGAGGAGGAGGAUGAGAAGCCCUCUAGUCAAGAGCAGGACGUGUCGUAUGAGCUGAGCAACAGCAAACACAGCACACUGAUGUCAGCAGCCCCUCCACCGACAUCAGUGAAGCCGCAGCAUGUGAUGGGACGUCCCGCCGUGAGCCAAACACAUCAUCAUCAUCAGACAGACAGACAGGAAGUGACCGACACACACAGCGACGUCCAGGCCUUAGUUCAAACCAUUCUUUUAUAGUGAUUAUUAUUUAUAUUCCUCUUGCUCUCUUGAGUUUCCUGAAGCAUCUGUAGAUGCCAGAGUUUUAUUGUUUGAUUGGGUGUGCAGACGCGUCUGAGGUGCUAUCAAACCCUCGCUGAUGUACAUUACAGCGCCCAGACUCACUGUCAACAGGAAGUGGAGCGUACAAAGCCCAUAAGCGCACUGGUUUUAUUCAGUCUGCCGAGGGUCGUGUUCAUCGUUGGCUUGUUUUAUAUGGAUUUUAAUCAGUCGCUCUCGGUUUGACCUAGUGUUGGUCGACGGGAUUUUUAGUACUCCUAUCUUUUGCACUGUCCGACACCCAUCGUUUCUUUUUUGAUAUCAGACGAUUUGUGUAUAAACGAUGUACAGCUAUAAACGUUCAAUAAGUUGGCACCGUACUGCUGCCGAUGGACAGGGUUUGUAAAUGAUCUGUAUGUUGGAUAGUCCGCAAUAGCCACCGCACUGUUUCCCGACACACUCAUGAAUGUUCCAGCUUACCUUUUAUUUUUCUAUGGCUGAGAUAUAUUUAACUAGAGAGACGAGUACAGAGUAUUAGAGUUUUAAGAGGAGUAUUCCAGAGGUCGGCUUUAGUUUGAGAAUAGCACACGAGGAGCGAGCGUUUUAAAACCGUUGAUAAAGCAAUAAGCAGGGUUUGGUGUUCAACUUCGAUGUAUAAACUGUAAAGUUCAUGAUGUAUAUACUGUACACCAUACAAUGAGCAGAGCAGAGACGCAGAAGAGGUUAUGUAUCAGAGUCA